AUGGCAAUGCCAGAUGCGUUGCCGGCGCCGGAGAACACUCCCCGCCUGCUUGAGGGUGUCGGUGAGUAUGCAGAGCUCGCCCGAUGUGCCCAGCAGUAUCAGCGAAGGAGGUCCAUGGCAGAGCGCAGGAAGUCAGCAAGAAUGAGCCAGCUUUCGCGGGCUCCGAGUUCCCCCAACCUCCCUCAGCGAAAGCCGUCGAUGGCUUUCAUCCGAUUGCGGAGGACUGUGACUCCUGUGGUGAUCCCUGGCUGGAGGGGUACCAUACACCGGCUGCUACAGUCCAGCCUCUGUGACAUAGUCACGGGCCUUGUGAUUGUGGUUGACGUCGUCCUCACUUGCAUUGACAUCGACAUCCGAGCCGCGGGUGGGACCACGCCACUGGCAGUGGAGCUUCUCUCGAACUUGUGUCUUUCCAUGUACAUUCUGGAACUGAUGGCUAUCAUCAUCGUCUACAAACUGGGAAUAUUCCGCGAUCCCUGGACCAUGCUGGACAUGCUGAUCGUGAUCUUUGGGCUCGUGCAGCUCUUGCUCGGCUUCAUCGGAGUUUCCCUGGACAAAGUCACCAUCCUCCGCAUGCUUCGCGUGGUCCGAAUUAUGCGGCUAUUCCGGCUCUUCCGGAAGUUCGCCAUGCUGAAGGAGCUGCGGAAGCUGAUCAGGAUGACGGCCUCAUGCUUCAAAACGCUGUGCUGGUCCUUCCUCUUCUGCUUCGUGGUGAUGACGAGCUGGGCCAUGCUCGCCGUAGAAUUGCUGAACCCCUACAUGCCGGAAUUGGCCAGUCACUGGGAAGACUGCGAAUUUUGCCGCCGCUCUCUUCAAUCCGUGAUGUCUGCGGACCUGCUCCUCUUCAAAACUGUGGUGGCUGGGGACUCCUGGGGCAAGGUGGCCGUGCCGCUCAUCGAAAGCCAUCCCUGGACGGCCAUCCCAAUCUUUAUCGGUUCCCAGCUCUCCAUCGUGUUUGGCGUGCUGAACCUGGUGGUUGCGGUUGUAGUUGACACUUUCGCGGAGCAGCGCACGAAGGACGUGACGAGCAUGGCGCAGGAGAUGGACGAGGACGCGGAGGAGGAGCUGCAGGAAUUGGACAAGAUCUUCGCCAAGAUUGACAGCGACAACGACGGCCAGCUGAGCUGGGAAGAGCUAGUUGGAGGUGCUCAGAAGGUCCGAGAGUUUCAACACCGGCUGCGGGUCAUGGACAUCGACCAGACGGAUCUCCAGCAGCUCUUCACCAUGCUGGACCACAACCAGAAUCAGACCGUGGAUCCGGACGAGUUCAAGAGGACCUUGGCUCGCUGGGCCUUUGACUCGAAGACGGCCACCCGCUUUGUUCGCUACACCCUGCAGCAGCUAAUGGACGAUCACAGCUCUGCAGCCGAGAAGCUCUCGAAGAUGGAGUCGCUUGUCCGUGACAGUUUUCAAGAUGCCAGCCCACCUCCCCCUCGUCGGCGCCGGCGUCGGCGCAAGGUGAAGGCGCAGGAACGCGAGUACAAGGACGUGUAG